AUGUACAGAUUUAUAACAAAUUUGAAAACUAUAAAAUGUAACAGUAUAUACAGAAGAUUCUAUACACCUAAUGCUACCUCCACCUUUCUAUCAAACGCAGUUGGAGAAUUAUCUAAUGACCAGAUAAUAUACUCCUUCGACACUCUUAGUAGAAGUAAAGUUAGAGACUCUAACUUAUGGGACCACCUGUGUGACAAGAUUCGGUUCAAUUUGGACACACUGGAUUCAAAGGACCUUCUGAAAAUAAUUCACUCACUUGCAAAAGUAUCACACAAAAAGCUAUCAUUAUUGUCAGUAAUUAAUCGCAUAAUACUCCGAAAGCAUAAACUUAUUGAUCCGAGAGAUUUAACACAGUACCUAAUUGAUCUCAAUAAGCUGGACUUAUUGAAUAUAAAUACAUUCGCUCCUCUGGUUUCAGCUAAAAUUCCAGACGAUAUUUCACUUUUCACAAACUUUGACCUAUGUUUUAUUCUACACUUAUGUUCGAAAUUGCAGUACAAAGACCAGCUAAUAUUGGACUCAAUUUGUUCGAGGUUUCUUCUAAAUGAUUAUAAUUAUCAGGAAUUGUGUUCGGACAAGUCCCUUCUGGCCAUGGUGUUCAGGUCACUGUCAUUCUUGCAGUACAAGAAUGAAUUGUAUAAAAAGUUGUUAUACCAGGGAUUACCUUCUUCUUUGUAUCAUUUUGGUUCUCAGGAACUAUGCAACUCGCUGUUAUCAAUUGUUGUAUCUAAUUUGGAGGCAAACUUUGACGAACAAGUCAAAGAUAUAAUAAAUUCACUUAUUGAUAGAAUUAGUGAAAGGCUUUCAUCGCUAGUUGAGAUUGAAGUCAACCAGCUAGGGAUUUGUCUAUACUUUUUGAAAUAUAACAUGGCCUCUUUCCCCGGUAGAUUUGAAUCACUAUUCAACUCAAUCGUUGAACUAAACAUUAUAUACACCCCAAAUACGUCUAAAAUGCAGCUCGGAAGACUGCUGGAUGAACUCAAGUUAAAGCACAAGUCUGAACUAAAGAUAGGGCCUUACACACUGGACUACGCCAUCCCAAAAAUAAAUGUGGCUAUAGAGGUGAACGGAUACACUCACUUUUUCCACAACUCCAAAGAACUCAACGCACUAACCCAGCUCAAGUAUAAGAUUCUCAAAGAUAUGGGCUGGAACGUGGUUGGAAUUAAUUAUUAUAACUGGAAGAACAGAAACAAGCAGUCGAGAUUGGACUACAUAGUUAAAAAGAUAACACCUUUCUUGGAAGAAAAAAAAAUAGGCGAAAAAUACCGAAAAAGAAGAUUAGUUAGGUCAGAAAAUAGUAAAAAUUUAAUAUGCAAUAUAAUAGUUUUAAUUAUAAAAAAUAUUUUAUAA